AUGAAUCUAAGGAUUGCAACAUCGAAGCUCCCCGAAAUCGGGUUUGCUAUAACUGCGGAGAAAUGGUGUGGUCACAUAUCCGCGGCGUGCCCAAAUCCGCGCAAAUCGACCGUUCCUGGACGCCCGCCUGGUCCCUACCGGCCUGACUCGACAGGAAAUGGCGAUAGACAUUCCGUCAACAGGCGACCGGCCAUGAGAGAGUUUGGCGAGUCCAACAGACGUACUCCGGUAGAUGACAACGGUCCAACCGGUAACGUCAGAACUCGCUGGGCCGGCAGACCCACCAACUCGCGAGAGUUUGGCCAAAAUGUGAAGCGAGCCAAAUGGGAAGACGAGCUCUCAGAAGUGCAAGGUGGUGACGACAAGAAGAUGCGUAUCGAGUAUCGUGGCGUCCAGAACAUUACUUGCCUUUAUUGCGGCGAGCCAGGGCAUCUUAUCCGCGAUUGUCUCGCAAAACCUACUGAAACCUGUCGAAACUGUGGUAGUGAAGGCCAUCAAUCAAGGGAGUGUCCGGAGCCUUGGAAUCCGUCACGGCGCAAGUGA